GCCCCACGCUGAUCGUCUGCAGCGUCAAGUCCUGUUUGGUCGAAGUUUUGCUUCUGCGCUCUCCACCUCCUGAAAUGGCGUCAAUUUGACGGUUUGGCCGUGUUCGAGACUCCAUAUUCCCGUCCUGGUGUAAUUGGAAUUUGGAACUGUGGAUAUGGUGGGAUGGGCUUUUUUUAUUAACUGAUUGAUAAACAUUGUCCAGGCGAUGGCUAUAUUAAGGUUAUCAGACGCUUUGUCGCAUUUUUUUCCUGUCUUUUUUCUUUUACCAUUUUGUUCCUCUUCACACUCUGAUUGACCUUAAUUCCUUCUUCUUUUUGGAAAUUUACGAUAAUUAGCACCAUGGCUCCUGUUUCGCUUCAGUCGACCCUUAAGAUGAACUCGGGAUAUGAGAUCCCGGUCAUUGGGUUCGGUGUUUACCAAACACCACCAGAUGUUACCGAAAAGGUGACUGUCAGAGCUAUUGAAAUCGGAUACCGCCAUGUCGACAGUGCCAAGUACUACGAGAACGAGAAAGAAUGUGCCGAUGCCAUUCGCAAGUCCGGACUCGAGCGCUCCAAGCUCUUCUACACAAGCAAGAUCCCCGUCUCUCACAUGGGAGGAUACGAGAACGCCAAGGAGGCCAUCGAAUCGAGUCUCGAGGCAGCCAACAUUGACUACAUUGACCUUAUGCUGAUUCACGCACCCUACGGCGGCAAGGAGGGUCGCUUGGGCGCCUGGCGCGCACUUGUCGAAUACCAAAAGGCCGGCAAAAUCCGUUCUAUCGGUGUCUCCAACUACGGUAUCCACCACCUCGAGGAAUUGGAAGCGUACAUCAAGAGCGGAGCGGGCGGCGAGAUCUCCGUUGGCCAGUACGAGAUCCACCCCUGGUGCCCCCGAGACGACCUUACCGAAUGGCUUCAAAAGCGCAACAUUGUUGUCGAAGCCUACUCCCCCUUGGUGCAGGCCACCCGUAUGAAGGAACCUGUAUUGCAGAACCUGGCCAAGAAGCACAACAAGACCCCUGCCCAAAUCUUGGUCCGAUGGAGUUUGCAAAAGGGAUACGUCCCCCUUCCCAAGUCUGUCACCGACUCCCGUAUCAUCGAGAACUCUCAGGUGUUCGAUUUCGAGCUGUCGCAGGAGGACAUGAACAGUUUGGUCACUGGUAUUGAUGCACCGGUCUGCUGGGACCCUGCCAGGGAUUCCAAGUUGUAAAGGUGAUGUCGCGUAGGAACCGCUUGUCUUGGUGGAUCGCGUCGAUCAGGAACGGCCUGCUCGUGUAUAAGCUCAGUGUAUGAUGUAUAACGAAUAGUCUCGUUUGUUUUUUAAAC